GUGUCUUGCGAAGCUCCUCCCCCUCAGUAGUCAGUCAGCGUACAUGGCGACUGCGGCAAAGAGCGAGAGAGAAGACGCAGGAGAAGCGGCUGAGCAGAGCGGAGUGGCCAAGUCCCGACCCUUCUCCAUAUGAAGCUGACGAGAGCUGUGUUCUGAAAAUAAGAUGGAUAGCAGCUUUGAUUGCGAUUGUGGUGAGCUGGAGCCACCUGAUCAUUAACGGGAGAACUCUUCUGUAAUUUAAGGUCUGCCACGGUUUCCUCUUCGGAUGCACUGUACACAAAAACAUCAAAUUACAAAUUUCUAGUGCUUACCAGCACCAUAGAAUGACGCUGCUCAGGACCAGUUCAACACUGAAUGUAUCUGCACUGUGAGGAGGAAGAUGAUGAUAGAAGCCUAUAUCUUGCAUAUUUAUUCACAUUUUUGUUCCAUGUCAAUUUGUUUUGCACAUUAGAGCCACGUGCAUAGUAUGUCAUUUCAUUCCGUUUCACUUCCAUUGAGUGUUUUUGUUGAUGUUUGCUGGAAUGCUGCAUCUCUUGUGAACUAUGACUACAGUCAUCUUUAUACAAUCCAAACUGAGCUUUAGAAUUGUGGCCUUUGGGAUCCAUCAGGCCUGGCAGGCUGUUAUGCAAUGAGAAUUGGAGCUGACCGGUCUGAAGAAGAGCGUUUUUUUUUUUGUUUUUUUUUGUUUUUUGGUAAGGGUUUUGAAAUCUUUUCUUUAGAUACCAGCAGUGGUUUAUCAUCAGGAGUUUAGGAAAAUUGAAGAUUUUUUGGACGAAGGAAGUAAAGUAGCCAACAUGGCAGAAAAGUUUGAAAGCCUCAUGAACAUUCAUGGGUUUGAUUUGGGCUCUCGAUACAUGGACUUAAAACCCCUGGGCUACGGUGGUAAUGGCUUAGUUUUUUCUGCUGUUGAUAAUGACUGUGAUAAGCGAGUGGCUGUGAAGAAAAUUGUCCUGACUGACCCUCAGAGCGUCAAACAUGCUCUACGGGAGAUCAAAAUUAUCCGAAGACUUGAUCAUGAAAAUAUUGUUAAAGUAUUUGAAAUUCUCGGCCCUAACGGAAGUUGCAUGACGGAGGAUGUGAGCUCGUUAACCGAGCUGAACUGCGUGCAUAUUGUUCAGGAGUAUAUGGAGACCGAUCUAGCCAAGCUUCUAGAGCAAGGCCAACUUCGUGAAGAGCAUGCUAGGCUCUUUAUGUACCAGCUGCUACGUGGGCUUAAAUAUAUCCACUCUGCGAAUGUGCUGCAUCGAGACCUUAAGCCAGCAAACCUGUUCAUAAAUACUGAAGAUUUGGUGGUAAGAAUCGGAGAUUUCGGUCUUGCACGAAUCAUGGAUCCCCAUUAUUCCCACAAGGGACACCUUUCUGAAGGACUUGUCACCAAAUGGUACCGAUCUCCACGCCUUUUACUUUCACCAAAUAACUACACUAAGGCUAUUGAUAUGUGGGCAGCUGGGUGCAUCUUUGCUGAAAUGCUGACUGGAAAAACACUUUUUGCAGGUGCACAUGAACUUGAACAGAUGCAGCUAAUUCUGGAGUCUAUACCUGUUGUUCAUGAAGAAGAUAAACAGGAGCUUCUCAACGUAAUCCCAAUCUUUAUCAAAAAUGAUAUGACUGCGCCACAUACUCCUUUAACACAGCUACUUCCUGGGAUCAGUCCUGAAGCUCUAGACUUCCUGGAGCAAAUUCUGACAUUUAGUCCUAUGGACAGACUAACCGCAGAAGAAGCUUUGUCCCACCCAUAUAUGAGCAUCUAUUCUUUCCCUUUGGAUGAGCCAGUUUCACACCAUCCUUUUCACAUUGAAGAUGAGGUAGAUGAUAUAUUAUUGAUGGAUGACAACCACAGCCAUGUCUAUAAUUGGGAAAGAUAUCAUGAGAGCCAGGAUUCUGACCAUGAUUGGCAUACCCAUAAUAAUUUUGAAGCUGAUGAAGUUCAACGUGAUCCAAGGGCUUUUUCGGAUGGAAGUGAUGAGGAAGAGGUUCAGGUGGAUCCUCGCAAAUAUCUAGAUGGAGAUCGAGAAAAAUAUCUGGAAGAUCCUGCAUUUGAUCAUUACUUCUCUGCUGAGCCUUCUUGGCAGUACCCAAAUCACCACGAGAAUAAAUAUUGUGAUCUUGAGUGCAGCCAUACAUGUAACUACAAAAUGAGGUCCUCAUCUUACCUAGAUAACUUGGUGUGGAGGGAGAGUGAGGUCAACCAUUAUUAUGAGCCAAAACUUAUUAUCAAUCUUUCCAACUGGAAGGAGCAAAAUAAAGAGAAGCUAGAUAAGAAGGGGAAAUCAAAAUGUGAAAAGAAUGGUUUAGUGAAGGCUCAGAUAGCCCUUGAAGAAGCAUCACAGCAGCUAGUUGAAAAAAGGGAAAAACGCAAGGAGUUUGACUUUGAUUCUUUCAUAGCAGGUACUAUUCAGCUUAGUCUGCAAGAUGAUUCUUCCAGUGUUGACAAGCUCAAUGACUUGAAUAGCUCGGUAAUACAAAUUGAAUACAAGUCCUUAAUAUCGAAGUCUGUAGGCCUGGAAAAACAAGAGAAAGGCAUGGUCAACCUAGCACAGUUGGGUGUGCGAAACCAAAAUUCUUGGGACAGUCAAAUCGUAACUGGUGAAGACUGCUUCCUCCUAAAAGAUCAGUUUUGUUGUGAAGUAAGGAAAGAUGAUCACAAUCAGAAGGAAAUCACUUACACAGGUUACCUAGACAACUUGUUCAGUAGAAAGGAAGAGCCAGAAGUGUCAGACCCCGAGCCAGCAGAAGAAGAAGGAAAAGAUAGCCGCAAGGAAAAUGAGGAAGGCUUACCAAAUUUUAGUGAUGACAUUCUCCUUAGUAAGCAGCUGGAUUGUAUAGGGAUUCCCCAAUUCCACAAUCCUGUUGGCUCACCCCUCAAAUCAAUACAAGCCACAUUGACGCCUUCUGCAAUGACAUCCUCUCCUCAAACCCCCCACAAAGCCUACAGCAGCAUUCUAAAACAUUUAAACUAAAACACUUUUUGAUUUAUUUAAUUUUUUUUUAUUUACACUUUUUUUUUUUUUUUUUGUCUUUUCAUACUUGAAUUGUAUUUUAGUAUGUAUUUAAAUUUAGUUGUGUUUAUCAUUGUUUUUACAAUUACAAACUACUUUCUACAUAUUCAUUUUAAACUGGCAUGACAUUUGCACACAAGGAUUAAAAAAAAAAGAAAAAAAAAAAGAUGCAAUGUAGGGUGGAGACAGGAAAUAUGCACUAACUGAAGAAAAACCUAAAAAUCUGUUAUGUUUCUAAAUAUUAUCUUGCCUUGAUGUUAACACAGUGAGACAUUACUUACCUUCAUGGAGAUGUCAGUUUUAUAUUUAUUUUCUAAGCUAGGUCUUUGUGUUUUUUAGCUUUUCUUCUUUUUUUUUUUUUUUUUUUUUUUUUUUUUCAUAUCCAUUUCUUGAAACACAUGAUACCAGCAGCAACUGAAUGCCAGAUUUUGGUACGCAUGUGUUAUCUACCUCAAGGUAACAACAGUUUGUGGCUGUAUAUUUGCCACCGAUAGUGCUAUCCAUCACGCACCUCUUUUAAGCCAGCAUUAUUGUAGUAGCUAUUCUUGAAAUGAGAAAAUUGCAGAAAUAUUUAUAAAUGUUUUUGACUGCAUCCUAUGUAAUGAAGUGUUUUUAAUAUGCAGUAUUUUUAUUUAUUAAAUUCACAACGCGUGUCAAUAUGGCACCUCAGAAUGGCUUAGAUUGGCAAAUGGACAUCUUGGCAUCUAGCUGUCAAAAUACAAGCAUGCCAUUAUUAUUCAGGCAGGUGUUAAAGAAUUAGUUAAGUAAGACAUUGGGAAGAGCAGUAAUGAUUUGCAGUACUUCAUAAUAAAAAAGAUUUUUACCUUACAAUGGUCAGAUCAAUUGAAUAUUCUAAAUGGGUUGCUAUGAACUGCUGCCCUGUACAUGUUGCCCUUUGUCUUCUUAAAUAAGCCCUUUGGAAUAUGACAGUUGGACUGUUAAAGGUUGUCCAGAUCUAGUGGAGACAUUUAAUUUAUAGUUUACAUUGUACAGUUAGCCUGCAUAUUAACAGGUCAUUGUGUUCUCGCUUCAUUCUUCUUUUUUUUUUUUUUUUUUCCACUCUUUCAUUUCAAGGAAAGUGCUCACUGUGUAUAGGAAUUUUUGUUUUUUCAAAGUGCUUGACCGAUCUCUAAAAAACAUAGGAACCUUGUAAAAGUUAAAUACUCCUAGAAACUUUUUUAACUUUUUUUUUAUUUUAUUGCAAUGUUAAAAGCGUGCAUGGAAUUAUGGUACAACAUUACUGUAAGUUAAGAGUUGAUGUAAGGUUUUUUUUUUUUUGGCUUUUACUGUAUGUUUUUAUGGAUUCUUUAUUUUUAUUUUUUUUUGUUUGUUUUCAAACCUGCAUGAGAAGAAAAGCAUGUAGUAUCUCAAUUCUCUGCAAACUUGUUUGCCUCUGAAUUUUGCAUACUAUUUAUGUACUAUCAUUUCCCCUAUUUAAGAAUAAUAAAACAUGGCCAGCAAGAAA